CACCGCCCCCGGCGUCAAGGCCGAGAAGAGCCAGUUCCGCGGUAAGUCCGGCGCGUUCACGGCUGGUGUGUCAAAGACGGCCUUUACUGGUAAAGAUAUACACUAGAAGCACGAGCAGUUGGAUUCAUGAAUCUGAGCGAAAUUGACAAAGCACUAAGACAGACUACCAACAUAUUGCCAUGUAGCCGCCCCUACUGUCUUCAGCCAGCAGCGCUUCAUGUCGGGCCACGCGGCCGGACCGGGCACCACGAAGAUCCCGUCGUUCGCGGACUACACGAAGGAGCGCUCGGGCGACAGCAGCCGGGCGUUCACGUACUUCAUGCUUGGCGCAUCGGGUGCGGUGCUGACGAGCGCGGCGCAGUCGUCGGUGCACGGAUUCCUGACGAACAUGGCGGCGUCGGCCGAUGUGCUUGCUAUGGCCAAGACCGAGGUUGAUCUGAGCACGAUUCCCGUGGGCAAGACCGUGACGAUCAAGUGGCGUGGAAAGCCGGUGUUUGUCAAGCACCGCACGGCCGAGGAGAUCACUGACGCGCAGGGCGUCAACAUCAAGAGCCUGCCGGAUCCCCAGGACGACGCGUCGCGUGUCCAGGCGCCCGAGUGGCUGGUCGUUGUCGGCAUCUGCACCCAUCUUGGCUGCGUGCCCACCACCGACGCCGGUGACUACGGAGGCUGGUACUGCCCCUGCCACGGCUCGCACUACGAUGUGUCUGGCCGCAUCCGCAAGGGCCCUGCCCCGCUCAACAUGGAGAUCCCCGACUACACCAUUGAGGGCGAGAAGCUGACUGUCGGCUAAGCCAGGACGCCUAGUGUUCUGAGCCAUCUCUCACAUACCAUUUUCCUAUAUCGCUUCCUGUUCCUUUGCUUUUUAAAACAACAUUUUUCCUACACGCUGAAAGGCACAUCU